AUGAAGCCCAAAGGCUUAGAAGUGUGGAAAGAGUAUAGUAUCUCACUUAAGGCUGUUCAGAUCACGUCAUGGGGUGGUAUCACGUCAUAGAUGGUGGUCAUGAGACUUACUCACACAGAGAUUGAUUGGGGUCAUCACAGACAUUGUGGUCACUGAUAUCGUCGAAGGGGGGCCUCUCGACUAUGAGAGAGGCAACAAGGGGAAGAGCCUAAGUCAGCAUGUGGAAGAGGCUAAGUCAGCAUGCGAGGAAAGAAACUAAGCCUACUAGAGUCGCCCUUUUUAGAUCAACAUGCAUAGGGCCUUUUUCGUUCAGACGUUCAGAAUCAGUGACAGGCUCAUCCUAAGUAGUAGAUUCAUUUCACUAAAUAAGCUCCGUCCUAAAGAGAUUCAUUCUUUCUGUUGAGUUGAUAAAGCUUCGAUUUAACAAGGCCCACACUGUGGAGCCAACGCAGACCUAGUGCGGAAAAUCGUAGACCCAGGUACCAAAAAAGAAACCUCUUUGCGAGCACAGAAUGAAUGAGUGAGUGAAUGAAUGCAUGGGUAGACGCAUCUUACUAAGUAAGUAGAAUGAUCUUCAAAAGUAUAAUUUUCGUGCCCACUUGUCCAUGGGGCCUUUUCCGUUCCGACGUUCAGAAUCAGUGACGACUAUUGAUUUUCACGACUGUUUAAUCAGUGACGACCAUUCAGUUUAAUCAGUAACAUAUUAUUUCUCACGAGUGACGACCAUUGAGCUCGUCCGCCCUUUAAUUCCCGUGCCCACUUCCGCGGUGCUCUACGUGCUUUCAAUGCGCUACGGUUUUUAUUGCCAGAUGCGGCGAUGACACAAAGGAUUCUACAAAUUCAGCGAAAGCAGAGAUCCAAAGAUGACAAAGAUGUACUGACUCAUAUCGAUACUUGUGUUGUUUUUUUUCUCUUAAGGACUACAUUGGAGCACCUUCAUUACAACAUAAGUACAUCUUAUAUAUUAAGAUCCUUGCUUCAAAGUAGAUGAAAAAGAUGUACUUAUUUAUAUAAUUCUGUUGUUUUCAUUUGUGCUUCUGCUGAUCCUUAUGAUGCAUAAACAUGGACAUGGACCAUAUGUGAAAGGUGCCUAACCUAACCUUUGUCCGUAGAAAGAACAGGAUAAGAAGAAAUCUGUAAGAAAGCUGCGAUGUAGCAAGUACUUUCCUCGUUGAAAGAUCUCUAACCUAACCUAUCCUAACUUAACCAGGGAGAUGGACCAAAGGUCGUGAUUGACUCAUCUUCUCCUUUGCAGGUGAAAAUCCAAGACAUGCCAGAAGAAC